AUGUUGUGGGCCGCGACAGCGGUCGCAGCUGAGGAUGCUAAAAAUUCACAAGUGUUGAACUCGACACCAAUUGGAGAGGAUACUUCCUCGGCCCCUACUAUAGGGGCUUCUACUGCUGUUCUUUCCUCUGUUCCUCAUGUUCCUCGGGCUGACGCUUUAGUUGUCCCUCUUUCUACUCCUCCUGCUCCCCAAACAGACACCCCUGUCGCACCUGCUACCGUGGUGCCGCCUCUUGGCAAUGCUAAUACCCUAUUUGCCAGCAUUGAUGAACUAUUCGGGGAUGUUGGAGGGACCAUCG